AUGAUCGAGCUUCGACAAAUUGGUCCCGACGAAUGGGAGAUAUGGAAACAUCAAAGAUUGGCGGCACUUAAGAUAGCACCCUACGCUUUCUCAUCAAAGCUCGCAGACUGGGAGAACGCCCCUGAGCAACGGUGGCGCGACCGGCUUAGCAUGCCCGGUGGCUACCAAGUAGUUGCUUCUCUCCAAGACACGAUAGUGGGCAUGGCUGGGGGGAUUCUACUCUCUGAGUCUGAGGCUGCAGAGCUUGUAUCUAUGUGGGUAACUCCCUCUGCGCGGGGUCGUGGUGUUGGGGAUACUCUAGUGGCUGCUAUUGAGGAAUGGGCCUACGGCAUUGGUGUCACCACUCUCAAACUCUCUGUGGUAGAGACUAAUUUUGCAGCACGCAAGCUAUACUUCCGGAAUGGUUUUGUUGACGUUGAGCUUGGAAGUAGUGAUAUUGAGAUCGAUGAUAUGUGCCGUGAACGCCUUAUGGUAAAGCAAAAGCAAUAG